UUGUUCCCCGCAGGCCGGGUGGCAGACAUCAUGCACAUGCACCGCCGCCCGACAUCUGCUAGUCUGGCUAGCACGCGACGGCUAACCGCCGAGCAGUGGGCUUAGCGUGUGGCUAACGUGCAAAGUGGCUUCAGCCCAGGUCGCAUCUGCACAACGCAUGGCAUGGUUGUUACCCUCGGUGCAACGGCCGGCUAGUCGUGUCAUUGUCCUGUCGUGUGUCGUGAGUCGAGAGUCGCCCACGUGUCGCUGGCGCUUUUGUUUGGGCUCGUUGUCUUGCUUGCGGAACGAACCCGGGGACGAUCGACCGCCUCCCGAUGGGACUGAUGUCGAGGAAUCUACAACUCGCAUGGACGGAGACAGCUCGACCACCGACGCUUCCCAGCUGGGUAUCACUGGAGAGUACAUGGCGUCAAGUCACUAUGUUCUCCAAACCCAAGAUGAUGAUGCGGAUGAGAGUCUGAAUGACCAGGACGACGGCGGAAUCAAAGAGAACUACAGGGAGCAGGACAUCUACCUUCCUAUUGCCAAUGUGGCUCGCAUCAUGAAGAAUGCUGUUCCUCAGACUGGAAAGAUUGCUAAAGAUGCAAAGGAGUGUGUACAAGAGUGUGUGAGUGAGUUCAUCAGCUUCAUCACGUCAGAGGCGAGCGAGCGCUGCCACCAGGAGAAGAGGAAGACCAUUAACGGGGAGGACAUCCUGUUUGCCAUGUCUACGCUGGGCUUUGACAUGUAUGUGGAGCCACUGAAGCUCUACCUGCAAAAGUUCAGAGAGGCAAUGAAGGGGGAGAAGGGAAUGCCGGGUGUGGCGGUGGCAGAGAGCCUGGGAGAUGAUCUCACAGAUGAUGGCUUCACAAAUCCAUUACCAGCUGGGAUUAUCACAGCAGAUGGACAGCAGCAGAACGUCAUGGUAUACACCACCUCAUAUCAACAGAUUCCCACUGUACAACAGAUCCAGUUUUCAUGACAAGGAUCAUGAACACAUGGGCUUCACACAGAGCUCGCAUUCAUCUGAUGACCUCUGACGCUGCCAGACAGGGAGGAGAGAGGGAGAUGCAUCUACACAAACCCUCACGAUCAGAGAAAAUCACUACCUGCUGAGUAGACAGUGUUGUUUUUAGUUGUGAGGUGUGUCCAAAACAGCUGGCAAAUUUGAGACUUUAUUUUAAAGGCUAGUCUUAUUCAUUAGUGGUGGAAUUUUCUUUUGUGAGUAUUCGUUAAUGUGUUUGCUUUUACGCAAUAUUUUCUUGUGGGGUAGUAGGGGGGAAAGUUUUAUAGGAAGCUUGUUUUUGAAGGUCUUCUCUGUUUGAACAGAAAAGCCCUGUUGUUACUGUCACAUCAGCUCAUGCAGCUCUUUUGUAAGUUCACAAAAUUUACAAUGUGCUUUAAUGUCAUGUAAAUCCUUUGAAUAAAAACUCAAGAGUGAUGUUGAAA